AUGCAGACACUAAACAGUCCUUACAUUCCAACUUUGGAGAACAACAAGACCAGACAACAACAUCCCCAAACGACAUCAUCAACAACACUUUCAAAAGGAAGCGAGACCCCACACCCAGAGUAUCCACCAUCAGAUCCGCGCUUCGAUCGAACAGCACUCUCAGAUGAAGAGUUUAUUGGACAAUUGUUGUUUGAAAGCCAGGAGCUAAAAAGUACAAUUGAAUCGCAGCUGAAGUUGAUUGACAAACUACAACAACAGUUGAGAAGUCAUAAUAUCACCCCACACGUGCCUGAAACAGCAAAUAGCAAUGGCUCUUUGGAAAAAGAGGGGACAACAAUUCGCAAAAAGGGUUCGUUUAGGGUAAUGAAACCGGAAUAUUCUUCAGUUACCAGCAAUGCUGACUCAACUCGUCAAACAUCUACUUCUAAUGUUAAUAACUUACCCGUGAAUAAAACCACUGACAGCUUGACCAAUUUGCUGCUUGAACAGCACGAUGAUGACAAGUUGUCAAAAGCAGAAGACAGACGUGCACAACCCGAGACAGAUUCUCCUUACGAAGUUCCUAUGAGGUCUGCCCGCAGAAGACGCAUCAAGGAUGAAACUUCCAAGGAGCUACAGGAGACCGUGGUAUCUCCAGUUGUGGACUCGUUCGACUCGUCCGAACGCGUAACUUCUGAGGACAAGAAUGAUUCAACAUCGUCAAACAAGGGUGGAGACGUCGAUAAGACACAGGAAUUGGAAGAGGUUUCUCUGGAGGGCUCCAAAAGCGUACAACUGGAUGACAUGUCAGUCAAUGCUUCUGGGCUGGAUCACACAAAAAGCACUGCCAAUAUUACAGAGCCCGUGGGUGAAAAUGCAUUACAAAGUCAAGAAAUGAAGCCUACUGGUUCGGUAACCUCAAUUAAUGACACGAGCAAUGCAGCGUCAUCUCAAUUGUACACUCAAAACAGUAAACAAAGGAGAAGUACUAGUAGUGUUGCAUCCACGUACAAAUCUUCCAGGAUUAAACCACCUGGGUCUCAGCGCGUAUUAUCAAAUUCAAAGAGUAGUGCUGAGUUGAAGCCACCACCAUUGCCUUUAAAACAGCCACACCAUGCGAGUAAUGGAUCUCCAGGCAACAUGUCAUUAUACAAUACCCCACCUAACAUUACGGCUCCUACGUUUACAGGCAAUGAGGGUCCGCUAUCACCAGAUUUGGACAACGAAAGCAAGACGGAAUCGUUUUCUUCAGCUAAAGUGAGGAUUGAUGAUGAUGAACUCCCCUUGAGACCGGAAUUGAGUAUUUCAUCUUCUCGCAAUGUGCUGAACCAAGAACUAUCCACACCCCACAGAGACACUUCCCAACAACAAAAUAUCACAAGGCCUGCUUUUCAAACACCAACUUCUUCUGCACAAAACGUACAUCUUUCGAGUCCACAAACUCCAGGAUCCAGUUUCAGUGUUUUGCACACACCAAAGAUGGAAAUGGAUGAGUCUGCAUUGUUUAUAAAGCCUGAGGAAUUUCACACGAUAUUUAUCAAAGUUGUCAGCACGAUCCACGUCACGUCGUCCACUGUUCAAAACCCGGCAAAGAAGGCAGAAGAGCCAAAGAUUACGAUGACCAUCAAUGACAGAGAAACCAAUAAGGAAAUGUGGCGGAUUCGUAAAACCCAUGCCCAAUUGACAGCAUUUGAUCAUGAUAUUAGGCCCAUAGUUGAGUAUUUUGGUCUUUCCAAUUUACCCGACAAGUCUAGCUUUGUUUCAACCACUCCAAGUAAGAUUGAGCAAAGACGGUCGACUUUGCAAAAAUACUUUAAUUCGAUAUUUGUUAUGCCUCAUAUUCCACGCUUGGUGUUGUACAAGAUUUGUACAUUUUUGUCGUUGGAUUUUGUGAAUCCUCUCGAUGAUUUCAAAAGUGGGUCAAGAAAAGAAGGAUUUUUGGUGCGCAGGUAUAAAGGUUUGGGUAAUAGUUGGAAGAUAAGAUGGUGCCAGAUUGAGAGCCACUACCUUGAAAUUUAUCAGUUUCCAGGAGGUCAACUUCAAGAGUCUAUAUCAUUGAGAAAUGCACAGAUUGGACGACAAGCAACUGAUUCAGUGGCUGAAGAUAAAGGAUACAGGCACGCACUUUUGAUUAUGGAGUCACCAAAAGGUUCCAAGCUCCAUUCUACGACAAAUAAGCAUUUCUUCUGUGCCGAAACUGACGAAGAAAGAGAUGAUUGGGUGACUGCAUUGAUCGAAUUUACCGAGCCAGGACUGGAAUCAGCCGAGUCGUCUCCCCGAAAUACAUAUAUUUCCCCAGACACGCCGACGGACCUUGAUAAGAAAUUCUUGUACGACAAUUAUACCCAAGGUACCGAUUCUGAUUUUAGCAAUCGCUACUCUACAAGUGAUCAAAACAACACCACUUUUGCAUCAGUCUCCAGUGAGGACCAGACAAAGAAGUCAAAGCUUCGAAAUUACUUUUCAUUUAGAAGUAAGGAUACAUUGACUGAGGACCAGUCACAGCAUGAUCAUCAUCAUCAGCAACAGCAACAGCAACAGCAACAGCAACAGCAGCAGCAGCAGCAGCAGCAGCAGCAGCAGCAGCAGCAGCAGCAGCAGCAGCAGCAGCAGCAGCAGACGCCAUACUUUGAUUCGCAACUACAGUCAGUACCGUAUUCGAACCUUGGCUCUUCCCAGCAACAUACUUACACACCGCCAUCAACAAAUGGGUAUCAACCACCACCACAGCCUUUCAUGCCAAACCAAACUUCCAACAACUCUGUUCAACAAUACCUUGAUGAUUUGAAUAUUGGAAACGAUAUCACCAAGUCUAUAUUUGGCCGUGAUAUUGAGGAGGCAUACGAGUUAUCGCACCAUGAAUAUAUGGGUCGUGAUAUACCCAGUAUUUGCUAUCGAUGCUUGGAUUAUUUGAACAGGACCGGUGCUGUUUUUGAGGAAGGAAUAUUUCGAUUGAGUGGGUCGGCGUCCACGAUUCGACAAUUGAAGGAUAUAUUCAAUACACAAUACGACUUGGACUUGUUUCAGACCCCAUUGAAGCCAGAUAUAAAUACAGUGUCUGGGUUGUUCAAGACUUAUUUGCGAGAACUACCCAAUCCGAUACUUGGCGCAAAUACCUAUCACCAUUUAAACCAUCUCAUGUUGAACAAUGCGCAGUCAAUGCCACCAUCACAAAUUGCACUUAUUUUCCGAGAUUUCCUCAAUGAUUCAAACAAUAUUGACAAGAUCAAUUACGAUUUGUCUUAUAUCAUCUUCAAAUUCCUUAGACAAAUCAUUUCACAAAAUCAAAUCAAUCGAAUGAACUUGAGAAAUGUGUGUAUUGUGUUUGUCCCGACAUUGAACAUCAGUCUUGAGGUAUUGAGCACGAUUUUGAUUGAUUUCGAGUGUAUUUUCGAGAAUGGUAAACCCAUUUCAGAUUCGAAUCGAGAGGUAUUGGAUUUGCACAUACCAAACUUUUAA